AAACUGAGGUGUUUAGAAUGAAUCAGAAAGAACAAAAGUGGUAAAAUGACUGUCAAUUUAGAAUUUUCAACAAUGACGGUAACUUAUAAACUGGGAGCACGGAAUAAAGCAAGCGCGUAUAACCUAAAGAACAUCGGGCUUUCCGCCGCUGAUUGACUUUUCGACUGAUUGUGUUGGGAGAGUACGAGGACGGGCCUUUAAAUAACCGUAGUAUAAACGAACGUGGUACAAACUGUACAUAACAAUCGCAUGUAUAAUAUCGUGGGAAACAGAAAAAAAGAAGCGAUAGGAAAUACGAUUUUCGAGAAAAGAGGGCAUUCUAUGAAAGUCUCUUUAUUCCUUACUCCAUCGUGUUCGAGUCUAGCUGACAUAUAUAUCAUCAACCCCGAAAAAAUUGGAAUCGGGGCGCGGCGUGUUUUUCAUUAUUAUCGAGUUCCAUGCUCCUUUGACAAUGUGACAUUUUGUAUAUUGAGCAAUUCACUUAAACAUCGUUUACGCGAGCUACAAAUAAGCGCUAUUUAAAUCGUCUGCUUUCAUUAAGUGUUUAAUUAUUCUUGUGCGGAUUUCCUAUUCUUUUAACCUCGUGGGUGAGUGAAUUAAUUGGAAAAUACGAAUAUUGGACGAUUCGUCACACGUUGAAAAUGAAAAUAAUCGUCAAGUAGAAAUGAUGAAAAAAUAUUAAUCGAUAUAUAUGUGAAAAUAAUCAAUAUGAAACUGAGAUGUUCCAAAUCUUUUUCAUCAUUAAAAUACCCGCGUUAUUAAUUUGAAAAAAAAAAAAAAAAAAAAAAAGCAUUCUGCUACAAUUAGAAGAAUGCUGGUAAAAAACACAAUUGUGGUAGUGCUUUCGUCGUUUGUGCCUUAAAUUAGUGAGAAAAGUAUGAGAGUUUGAAAGCGGCGUGUUUGACACACUUGAUUAGGGUCGAGGAAGCUUUCCCAUCUGUGUGAUGUACAUGCGAGUGUGAGUAGUCGUGUGUGUGUAUGUUUAUUGAGCAGAGCGAGCAGAGUGUCCGCUAAAAGUGUCUCGCGUAUUGCCCAUCUUACACAGCGGCAUAUGCAGUGUGUGCGAUCGGCUCGUUGAAAAGAAGAAAAAAGUGAAAAAAAAAAGAAAAAAACAUGGCCGACAGUGAUACUCCGAUGGAGCGACUGCUACCAUUUCACGAAACGAGGUUCUUCGUCGUUCUCGUGCACGAAACAAUGCAAUUCGAUUAUAAUCGCGUUAUAUCAACGGCAUCGUCCGCGACACUGUUUCAUUAAAAUUAACGCUGACACCGAACUCACGAGUGUCAUUUUGUCUUCAAGAUCGUCACCGUCACGUUAGCUUGCCCACAACCCCCUCCUGCGCAAAAUGGAAUGGGUGGAAAUAAUCGAACCGAGAACGAAGGAGCACAUGUACGCCAAUCUAACAACUGGCGAAUGCGUGUGGGACCCACCUCCCGGAGUACCUGUUAAGAAAACAGAUAACAAUCAAUGGUGGGAACUGUUUGAUCACAACACUUCUCGCUUUUAUUAUUACAAUGCAACGUCGCAAAAAACGGUGUGGCAUCGUCCCACCGAUUGUGAUAUCAUACCACUCGCCAAGUUACAGACACUGAAACAAAAUACGGAACCGGCGGGUGGUGGAAUAGGGCCGACCGGUGAUGACGGAAGUCACCCAAGAUUCGGAGAAUAUCGAAAAAAGGAAUCCGUCUCGACUCAAACGCAGACUUGCUCGAUCGUACGAGCUGCUGCUGCUUCUGCUUUGCGCUACAAUCACCAAGAUAAUCCGAACUCGGCGCCCACACUGCAAAUCGGCGGUCCAGGAGGUAGAACAUCGAGCAAAUCACGUGGCGCAUCGGGUGGAGGGAUUGGACUUGAUCAGGACAGCGGUCAGACAUCGCCGCCCUCGCCAUCGCCAUCGCCGUCGAGUCGACGACAACACAAUCACCACCAUCAUCAUCAUCACCAUCAUCAUCAGCAAGCCCAACAGCAACAACAAGUGCAUAAUAAUAGCAGGCAACAUGGGAGACAUCAAGAGCCUCCUUCGUCUCGAAAAUUGCAGAAUAAUUCGCAAGAUUCGGGUCGCUCGAGCGACAGUUCCAUAUCUCACAGUCGAACGUCCCUCGAAUCUGCAAAUGCUUACAGACUCCUUGACUCACCGCAUCGUUAUCAGCACCGCUCGAGUCUCGGUCAUCAGCAAACACCCACCGGUGCUCUGCCUCCACCCCCACCACCGCCAAUUAAUUCCAAUAGAAGUGGCUCCAGUCACAGCAAAUCCGGUACUCUCGAAAACGCUAGGUCCAUGAAAAUCGGAGGAUCUUCCAUCAAUGAUUCUGCCACACCUCUGGGCCUUUCCCUCUCAACGAGCACACCAAUAUUUAAGAAAAAAACAUUCGUUGAUCAGCAACAAUCCAGCGGUGUAGGAGGAUCUGCUAUUGGACAUCGGGAAAGCAGCCGUUCUCAGGGCAGCUCUGAUUAUCAUCAGCAUGACAGAACGAAAAAUGGGCGUGACAGCAGCAGCCGCGGCUCCUAUGGACCAGAGCCAAGUACUUCGCCUUAUCGAGAAUCGUCGAUGGAUCCUCGAGUAUUUCGACAAGAAAUGCCACCGUAUCGUCCACCAGAAGUGCACGAUUUAAGUCAUGGUUGUAAAUCAAAUCAGAGCAGCGAGAAAUACGGUUCGCUAGUCGAAAGUAGCAAUCGUCAUCAACGGGAUCGUGUCAACAGUAUGGACAAAAGUGUCAAUUCUGCCUCGGGCAUGUACUCGUCGAGUUCGAUACAUGGAAAAAAUUACAACAAAAGCCAAUUGGCGAGUAACAGCGGAAUUGGUAGCAUCGGCAGACGACAUCAUGGCUGUUCGGCUUCCCUUUCCGAAGCAAAUGUCCGAGAAAUGUACGGUGUCGUGUUGCCAGAAGCAAACAAGGGCAGUCUCGCGAGAGAGAGAUUGGCUAGUGGUCCUCCCAUUUCUAAUGUUACUAGACAAAAGAGUCUCGAUGUAUCAGAACGAAAUCGUGACAGAGACCGUGCUAAUGUCCUUGCUAGGGAAGUUGACAGUGCUAGAACAACGAACACCUCCCUGAACAAUUCGCUCGAUGUCAUUUCUCAACCGUUGGCAAGGAGCUACAGCUUCGUCCAGCAACAACAGCAGCAACAUCACCACCAUCAUCAUCACCAUCAUCAUCACCAUCAACAGUCAAAAAGACGCAACAGAGACGAUGAUUCCAUGCACGAGCGUUACUUGAUAGGUCAAACACAUGAUACUUCGAGACUUCAUCGCCUCGCAGGUGGAAGCAGCAACAGCAGCAGUAGCAGUACUGCGAGUAACAGCAGCGAGAGUAGUAACGGUAGUUGCAACAGUGCCAUAGCGGACGAGAUUAGAGAACACGUUGAAACAGAGGACAACGAAAAAAAUAAGAAACGUAGUAACGGGAAUCCGAGUCCGCCACCUUCCCCUUAUUACGGCAACUUGCUAGUCGAUGCAGAUCAUUUAUUGCCACUUCAACAUUACAUACUUCAACAAGCUAAACUUUCCGGUUGUUACAAAUUUGGUGAUCCACUUUUUGGUGUAGAAGAGGGUGACGAUUCUUUGGACGAAGACACCGGCCGUGGUGGUAACGGCGACAACACUGGACGUGGAAACAACGGUGGAAGAAUCGGUUGUCGUGCAGGUGUCGAUACGAGCACAAAUCUGCGACAGGAUGAUGAUUCUGAUGAUCAAUUUGCGGAUGAUGAAGCGGCUAGUAAUCAGGGUGAUUCGUCGAGUCAGGAGUACCUCGAAGAUCAUUAUGCAGAUCUCGGCAAUUACGAUACAGCAGGUUUGGCAACGUAUUACAAUACAGCGGAGACACUCACGAGACCGCAAACGACCACGUGUAUACAAUCAAUGUCCUCUGCUCCACCGACACUUCAUUCAUCGCCACAAAUACAGACGACGGUGGGAGGAGGAGGAGGAGGAGGAGCAACAGGAACAGCAACGGGUACAAGUGCUUGGUGUCCAACGUCAAAUGUUUUCGGUGCCUCAGGGCCGACAUCGGGAUCGCAUAGCGGUGGAGGAAGUGGCGGAGGAGAUUCACGCAGCGAGGGUACUUCGAGUUUCACGAGUCCAAGACCGAUAUCUCUGCCCCCCUCGAGUGCAUUUACAAGUCUAGUCAUGGGAAAGAGUAUGGAUGGAAACGAUGCCGGAGGUGGUGGUGGAGAUAUUGAAAAAUAUGCCCAGGACAAUCUCAAUUUAAAUUGCGGCAGACCAAAAGGUCUGAGACUGUUAUUUCGAAAGAAAUUUAGCGUACGUGAUAUAUUGAGUUGGUCGAAGGAUCCUAUACCACAACCUAUGCUCGUUGUCGUUGACGGUGAAAAAUUAUUGAAACGAGAAGCGUGCAAUCUUUUCCGAUUGGUGCAAGUGUACAUGGGAGAUCGUAAAGCCAACGUCGGUAUGACGCUGGACGGUGUCGCGACCGAUAUUGUAAAUACCGCAUUCUCGAAGCCACCUCUUCGCGACGAAUUAUACGUUCAAAUUUGUCGACAAACCACUGAGAAUCCACGCAAAGAAAGUCUGCGCAGAGGAUGGGAAUUAAUGGCUGUCGCUCUUGCCUUCGUUCCUCCCAGUCCUACUUUUGAGCCUUAUCUCGAAGGCUACAUGAAUCGACAUCGUGAUCCUAACUUUCAAUUUCCUGAAGUUGCCAAAUGGCCCAUUCACGUUCAAGUCAGUCAUUAUGCAACUGUUGCCUGCAAACGACUUCAGCGUAUCGGUGCCCACGGGAAAAGACAACCGCGCAAAGCUACUGUUGAAGACAUCGAUCAAGCGAGGAUUCAAAUAUUCCGUGCGUCGAUGUUCGGUGCGACUCUUUCCGAGGUAAUGGCAUUGCAACGUGAUCGUUUCCCGGAUCGUGAAUUACCAUGGGUCCAAACAACGUUAACACGUCAGGUUCUCGUCCGAGGUGGUACACUUACGGAAGGCAUAUUUCGAGUAUCGGCGGAUGCCGAUGAGGUGACCGCACUCAAGUCUUGCCUCGACAGAUUCGAAGAUGGCGGGAAUUUAGCCGCAUCUCAGGACGCUCAUGCUCCAGCGUCUCUGUUAAAAUUGUGGGUUCGAGAAUUGUACGAGCCUCUCAUACCUGACUCGUUUUACACAGAGUGCGUGACGAUGCGUCACGAUGACGGUGAAUCAUCGGCGAAAGGGGUCGCGGCUAUUGUUGAGCGGCUGCCCGAUUUGAAUCGUCGAGUUUUGUGCCAUUUAGUGCGCUUCCUCCAGAUCUUUGCUCGACCGGAAGUGGUAACCCGUACAAAAAUGGAUUCUAACAAUCUUGCCAUGGUUAUGGCGCCGAACAUACUACGAUGUACGUCCCAAGACCCCCGGGUGAUAUUGGAAAACGCUCGAAAAGAGAUGGCAUUUGUUCGAACGUUGAUCGAGUCCUUGGAGACCGCUUGGGUCGAAGAUCUUCAAUGACACGAUUGAAGAAAGAGUUGUACGAUAGUUUAUUCGGCUGUCGCAGUCGUCGCCCCUCUUCAAUCUGCUCUAUGCCAAAUCAACGAGAAACACGGCGAAUCAACGACCUAUUCUCCUCAUGUAUAUUAUUAUUAUUACCAUAAUACCAUAUUAAUAACAUCGAGCAUCGUUGUAGUUUGCUCGCUAUUAUGAGAUGAAAGAAUGGAAAAAAAGAAAGAAGUUAUAUAGAUUCGCAAAAUCGAUUACGAUAAAAAAAAAUUGCUUUAAUAUGGGGGGAAGCUUUUAUUCUUGAAAAAUCUCUCCUGAUACGCGAUUAUAGAGGGAUGUAUCUUCCGAUAUCUUUGGCAAUAAUUAUCCUAUUGAUUUUUUCAUCCUUGGAAUACAACAAAAGUUAUUUUACUAUGACUCAACAUUGUACUUCUCCUAUCAGAUUGGUCAAUAGUUUUGGUUCUAAUUCAUUUCCGAAUAUCUCAUCUCCAGCAAAACAUUCCAAUUAAUGUACCGAGUAGUUCAAUGUAGAUUUUAUGUCUCUAAGACAUUGUUAGCAUUGAUUUACGUCAACAAUGUUGAGAAGUUUGGCCUUUGUCAAUGAGUCAGUAUUUUAAGAGAAUUAAUAGGAAGUUGAAAACUACAAAUCCUCAACGUUUCUUUGUUGUAACAUUACACUUCUGAAGUUCACCAACCGAGACGAAAAUAAUUGAGAUUCAUUUUUCAGAGUUGAAAAUAAACUAUGUUUUUUUCCUCAAAUAAAACAUCAUAAGUUUUGUAAAAUAUCGCCAAGUUCAUUGGGCACAACGAAAUUACGAAGCAUAAUUAGUAAUUGAACAAUUUUGCGUUUUGGGACUUUUCGCUGGACAGUAACUUUUCGGCAUUAUUUUUUCUCUUUUUCAGAGGUCUCUAAAUUUUUCUAUUGAACUUUGCUGAUAUUUAAUCGGCGUAUCACAAAUGGUAGGAAGCGUCAAACCACCAGAAAAAGAAACGAUGAAAUACAUUCGUUGCUUCCAAAGGAUGAAAAUUUCAAUACGAUCGAUAAGUUCAAUAGUGUCGUUACGCGUGUCGUCUAUAUAUAGUGUGCCACAUACGCUAUCGCGAAUUGCAAUUUCCCAGCUCCCCUCGUAAUAUUUCACUAACAUGUAUAUCACUUAUUUAUACACACCGCCCACACCAAGAAACUCACACAUAUACAAAAAAUACACCUACACGAAUAAAAAAACGCAGAGGUUGUCAACGUUAUAAUGCCGGAGAUUAUUAGAUAUAUAUUAAUAUGUACAUCGCUAUAUGGUAUAUAUUUUACCAAUCCUUGUUAUCGCACGAAUCGCAGAGAUGGCUUUUUGACUCGAUCAUUGUUAAAUAGUAUCGUGUAAGAUGAGUGAUACGUUACCGUCGUCUUGUAUAGUUAAAGCCAACUUCGUCUUUAUUUUUACUUUUUUUUUUUUAUUUUUAUGUUUUUUUACUUUCAUUUUAUUUCUGUUUUGUAUAAGUAAUGAUGAAUCGAAGUGUACAAGUGAGUUUCAUUAUUGUACGUAAUAAUGGAGGCAGCAAAAAAAGCACUUUAGGCCAUAGUCGAGUUUUUUUUUCUAAUUCACCUAUUCGAGCUAUUAAAUCCCUUCGUUAGUUUUAGUUAAAAUAAAGGAAACAAGUCAAAUCCUUUGGCAAAUCUCUCGCUAAAUUUUUUUCAAUGCACGGAUAUGCCUUAAAAAAUUCCAUACUCUGAUCGGCUGCUUUCUAAUCGUUUGAAAUGUUCACUUUUUUCAAACGGCUUGUUUAGAAUUGAGAGGAAAGCUUCAUCGGGAACUUUGCGGGGUUCAUUCAAUUUUACAAUUAUUCCUACUUUUCAUUUUUUUUUUUUUUUUAAGGACUCAAUGAAUUCCAAAAUGUGAAUUUUCUUGCCGAAUUGAAGAAAGGUUUAGAAAAUUGCUUAUUUUUCAGAGAAUUUCUACUAGAUUCACUUGAAUUCGAAAAAGGUUGCUUCCACUGACAAUGUAGAUUUGACUUACAAUUAAAUUCAAUGUAAUUUAUUCGUUUCAACGUGGCUGAAAUAAUGAAUGUCGAUAUUGUUUGUGAGAACAAUAAAGAUUGAGAGGAAAUAGCAA